AUGCCCCAGGACGCACAGCUGGAAGGGUCGUGGCGACCCAAAACCAGCUCCUCAAUCCUGCUCUUGCGAAUCUGGCCAUCGCCGAACACGGCGAUAGGGCAGAAUGGAGGUUGUGGAGGACAGGCGCGUCAGAGUGUUGUGCUUCCAAGACGUGGGCUUCAGGAGCACAAUGGAGGACGCUCACUCUGUAGCGGACACGGCGGGGAUCAAGUGGCACGCUUCUGCGCUGGCAGCAUGAGCACGAUCCUGGGCUGCAAUCAGGCUUUCCGGGACGGCGACUAUGCGAGGAGCUUGCAUCAGGUUUUCAUGGAGGCAGAUUCACGGGCUCCAGAUGCUGACGACUGUGGGAGUACCGCGACCGUGGCUCUGGUUACUGAUGACAACCAGGUUUUUCUUGGCAAUGUUGGCGAUUCUUUCUGCUGCUUGUUUGUGGAUGGGUACGUGAUGGAUAUCAGCCAGGAGCACGACUGCAAGUGUCCUGGGGAGCUAGACAGGGUCGUCAAGGCGGGUGGCUAUGUGGAGAGGGGCUCAAAGGGACGCAUAACUUUGGCUGGCAAAGAAGACGAUGUCGAUUCGCUCAUGGUGACCCGCAGCAUUGGGGAUUGGUCGUUCAAGAGCAAUCCGCAGCUGAGUCGAGAAGAACAAGCUGUGAGUGCUGUUCCGGACAUUCUCAACUUUGACAUUUCCAAAGGCUGCCACUUCCUUAUUCUUGCUUCUGAUGGAGUGGAUAAAAACAGCAUAGACGAUUACCAUUGUGGACAGAUUCGGAAGGCGUUGCAGGCCAGAGACUAUGAACAACUGAAGCAGGUUGUGUACAAGAUCUUAUCGUCUUCAAAGAACGACAACCAAACGCUGCUCUUGGUCGAGUUGAAGGCAGCGGCUAAGCAACAAGUUCAUUCAUCGCCUUCAUUCACAACGUCUAGUUGGUACACGAAUCCGACCUUGUAUCAAGGAGCUACCAUGGUCACGAAUGUCCCUGCAUCAAAACCAUAA